ACCUGGCCUCAGGCCAUUGGUCUCCUUCAAAGUUGCUCAGCCUUGAAGCAAAAUGGCAAAGAGGGGGCAAAAAGGGGACAGCGUCGCAGUGGUGGCUCCGUUUCGUCGGUUUCCAGUGCGAUUUCAUAUUCCUAGAUACUUUCGUAUCUGAUCCUCAUAAGGGUGUUUUCAUUUGAAUCCUCCACUAGCUGAUAUUAUUGGACUCAAUGGCUUCAGAUUUUUCUUCCCAGUUUCGGCAAAGUUGUCAGAGACACUCAUAUUACCCGAACAACUUGCUUCAAGUCACUCAAGAGGCCUAUACGCGGAAUGGCAUUUUUCAAAAACCUCGCGUUGGAGUUGAGGGAAAACAGGGCUUCUUCGCGAAAGAGGCGGCAUCGACCAAAAUCUCAAGGGCGGGUAUAGGUGUCUUGCCGGUCGUUUGGACGAGUCUAGAUGAGCUGAAGCAUGGGUUGAAUGAAGCACAGCGGGAACCAACAGUUCAAUAUGUGUUUAUUCGAGCAGACCAUGCGAAACGGCUACUUUGUUGUUCUAUCGAGAUGUUCACAUACUUGAUGAGUUUCUAUCAAGUACCACCCGCCAUGCUCGACUUAAUGUCCAUUUUCAAGCACUCGGAGGUAAGUCUAGAUCGCCAUUUCACCGGUUUUGUCGGCGAAUACACCUAUUCUCCUGAUCGGCGAGAUUCUAUAAUACCCAUAUCUCAACUUGGGCGCUCCGGGUGCUACCUGAAACAAUGUUAUCAAUUAAGAUUCCUUGAAAAGGUGCAUUAUCAGCCCCUUUCUUGGAGAGCCCAUCAAGUGGUAGUCCACCAUUCUUUCGAUAUUCUAAAUGGUCAGGCACUCUGGAUUACCUUGGAGGGUAACGUUUCGUUGGAUGAACGAAUAAGAGCGAUGCUCUCACAGUGCAGUUCAGCCCGGAAUUACACGCAGGCCUUUGAGCUCACACUCUCUACUCACUUAAUGCUAUGCCAAUGGUGUAUUGAAAACUGGCAAGAAUUCAUUGAGGGCAUUGAGAUUGAGCUCUGUCAAUUCAAGGCGACAGUUCAGAGCGUAGAGCCUGGGAGCACUCCAGCUUCACGCGAUCGAAGCCAUGGCACUUACUCGACAGCGACUUCUUCGCCCGGGCCACCCAUUCAGUCGUUUGCUAAUGCGACAAGAAUUGAUAGAGAUCAGUUUCCCGCGCUCCUUCAAACACAUGAUUCAGAUCUUGACUCUUCCAUAUCGCUUGACCAUCUCGAUCCGAGGGACACGUAUGACAUAGCCGAUAUCCAAAAACUGUAUAAGGCUAAGGACCGGUUGACCGAAGCACUAUUAAUGGCUAAGUUGAACUCCUCUGUUCUCAGUCAAUUAGGAGGAUAUUACGCAGGUCUGCAUUUGAAGGUUGCGUCUCGUUUCGCUGGAAACAAAUCUGACUUAGAAGACUUCACCGAGAAAAUGGGUGCUUUCAAGAACAGAAUGGAAGUCUGCCAAGCACAGCUUGAGGAUCUGCUCUCCAUUCAACGAGACAUUAAGGCGCAGAUGGAUGACAUAGCCGACUUUCGAAGUCUCCAGAUGAACAAAUUCUUCGCCAUGGAAUCAAGGAAGUCUGCCGAUCGGAUGGAAAAAUUAACUCUCGAGGCCACUCGGGAGGCUUCGUCCAUGCACAUUAUCACCAUCGUCACGCUUAUAUUUCUUCCAGCUACUUUUACCGCGAGGCGGCGCCAUACUAGCUCCGUCAACGCUGUCGCGUUCUUACUAGACAGUAUGCUAGUAGCAUUGUCCUUAGUGGCAGAACGGUCCCGCCGUGGAACGCAGCCAACCGCCUGA